AUGGAUUCGUACACCGAGGGAGGCAUGUCAGCGAUCCAUCGAGAGGAGGAAGCCAUACAUGGUGCGGAAAUGGACAACGGAGUGAAGACAUCAGAUCACGGAAAUGAGGAAUACGAGGGUGGUCAUUACGACAACGCAGCGUACCAUCAGGGUGAACAAGAUGGGGCCUCGUAUCAACAGGAAUACUCAUCCAACGCACAAAACAAUCAAGGGGAGGAAGGAACAGUUGCAGGUGGUUACCCAUAUGAAGGGAACUACAGUAAUAACUUGAAUAAGAAUCUCUUGCGAAACGUAACAAAUAAAAAAAAAAAAAACAAGUACGAAGGAAUAUAUAAUAAGGGUAAGGGGGAGAUGGAGAAAAAAAAGGGAGGAGAGAAAGAGAACACCCCCUACUGUUCAUUUAACAAUUUUGAAGGAGUAAGUGGAGGAGCCAAUCAGGAGGGCCCUGUUGGUGAGAUACUCCAAAAUGGGGGUGGAUAUGGAAACCAGGGCCACGAUGAGGAAAAGGGAGAGAAUCCAGGAUGGAGCAACCACCCUGAUCAGAGCGAUGAUGAGCAGGAGAACGAGGCCCCCUUUAACCAAGAGAAGCUAAAAAAAAUAGACAAGAAAAAAAAAAAAAUGAUGGAAAAGGUGAAGAGGAAGAAGAAAGAAAAUGUGGAUGACAAAAAAUUCAGUGAAGUGUACAAUUCUAUAUAUGAAAAUUUAAAAAAAAAAAAAGGAUCGAAAAAAAACGCAGAGGAUCACUAUGGAAAUAAAAACGAUUUCUACGAAAUAAAUUAUGCUUCAUCAGAUCAGGUGAACUCUACAUCUAGCAUAGACGACGACUCUCUUUUCAGUGACGACGUGUUGAAGAAGUACAUCAUUGGUCAGGUGUUAAAUAUCAUUAGGACAUCCUUCCAUUGGGCCAUCACCUCAUUUAUGCUAUUCACUUUGUUCGAGCACUUCUCUGUCUUUUACGUAUACCGUAUGGUAUCAUUCUUAACUCUGCUCCUUUUUACGCCCAUUUCCAUAUAUCUCGUUAAGUGGAGAAGCGUCAAAUUCUUUCUAAUAGCUACCAAUACCGUUAGGCUUGUUGUAUGGGGUUUCUGUGUCCCAUUUCUCUAUACUCUCUAUCGUGAUGAAAUUAAAAAGUACAACGUGAACCGUUUUUAUGAGUUCCUGUUUACUAUCUUGCUGUUGAUUGAUAAUGUGCAAGUUAACAUUUCUAAUUUAAUUGAUAUAGAUAAUAACGGAAUAGAUUUUCUAUCGAAGAAGUAUCACUUGAAGAUUAACGAGAGAUCCAAAAGGAAGUUCCUGACACUUCAUCAGUUUUUUUUCGACGCUUCUUUUAUUGUGGUGAAUCCCUUAAUUAUAUUUGUUAUGUAUCUAUUUAGCAAUUUCUUCAGCGAGCCCUACCUUCGGGAUGUGUUCAUUUAUCUGUCUUCAUUCAUUUUUGCCGUCAUCACCAUUAUUUCCUUGGUGGUAUACACCCUAGGGUUGGAAGAAGCUGAAAGUACGCUCAAGCGUAGUGGAGGGAAGCGCCAUUCUACAUGCCUGGAAUCACAAGUUACUGCGGACGAAAGUGUAGACGACAUGGUAGAAGCGGGAAAUUAUGACAGAGGUGAAAUAGAGGAAAACGACAAUUAUGAUGAUGAUGAUGAAGAUGCAGAUGCAAUGAAGAAACGUAGUAACAAACGCUCAGAUAAAGGAGGGGAAGGUGAAAAUGAUCAUCACCGUGAUAAUGAAGAUGAUUUUGAGAAAUACUACGCCAGACAUAGUAGCAAGGAGGAAAAAACCUUAACCUAUAGUACCUACCCCAACAUUUAUAAUGAUCAAACAAAGAAAUACCUGACUGAACGAUCCAACAUCGAGUAUGAACAGUACAACGGUUUCGAGCAAAUGUCCUUGAAGAGUCAAUACAAAAAGCAAUUUAACGAAUUGCUUGAUAAUAUCCUUCGCAUUAAGAAUGAGAACAAGCUCCUCUUUUAUAUAUGCUCUCUCUCUUUCCUGAACAGUGUAGAGGAUAUCAUGAUUUUGAUGCUCAUUCCGUUGACUUCCAUUUACGUGUGUGAGUUUUUCUACAUCAAUAAUAUCUUCGUGCAACUCCUCAUCGCCGUUAUCUUGAUCUCCCUGACCAAGUGUUUUGAGAACAUCUCCUAUUACUCCAAUAAGAAGAACAUUAUUGCGCUUAAGGAUAUUUUCAUCGGAAUCAUCCUGUCUGGAGCCUCCCUUCUUUUCUUUUUCUUCCCCUUCCUGAUGAUCAACCACCUGAACAUUUACAGCUUUUUAAUUUUCUACAUUUUUUGUUGCCUCUUCUAUUUUUUCUUUUCUACCAAUUUGAAGACCACGCUAUCUCGAAACCUGCAAAAGUACGUACGAGAGUCCAAGUCGGACAUUUAUAACUUCGUGGGGCUCUUCAUGUCCUUCAUGAAUCUUCUGUUUGUAAUUCUGACGAUCUUCUUCCUGUCCAUGUUGGAUAACUUUGUCAUUAACUACGUAAUGAUUUGCUUCUUUUUGAUCGUCAUGUUGGGUUUUCUCUACGGCUGGGCCACCACCACGUUGAAGGACUCCAAUUAG